GAAGGAACGAGAUCUACGGUACCCUAGGAAGCCAGUUGAAUAUCCAGCACCGACGACUGCAGCUAUAUGAUGCGAAAAUCACCAGAGCUCGCUCGUAGGAAGUUCUUGAGCUCGCUCAUUAUAUUUUCCAGGAGAGCAGAAGCUCUGCAAGUACUAGUAGCCAUAGAUGGAGACCCCGAGCAAUCAUUAGGCCCAUACCUUACGAUAUCACUCGACAGCGCCAGUAGGCAAUCCGAGCCAUCCUAUUGCUAUGCCUCUCAUCAUCUCCACCGCCCAUAUGGAAUCUUCUAUUUAUACUGUGUAUAAGUUCUAUCGGACAUCAAAGCUCGAUUAGAACUUUACCGUAAGAGAAGGGGGACAGAGCAUAUGACUAAUUUCCGCGCAGGGCGUUUGUAGAGUACUCGACAUAGGAGGUGUGUAUUUCAAGACAGGCCUCAGACCCCUCUGCGAGAACGAAGCUGUCCAUCCGAGUUGUAACUUGUCACGGCGGAUAAGCCUGGCGAGGCAGACCGUGGCCACGCGUAGAGCAAGGGGAACGAAGGCUUCGGGUAGGAGGAGUAGCGGCAGAUACGUCCGCAGGUGGAGGGAGGUAUAAGGGCCCUAGGUACUCUACAGUACCGGUAGUAGGUAGAGUAGUCCGAUACGUUUCGACGAACCGUAGCGAUGGCUAAGGACGGCUUUGCGGCUGGUGAAAUCUUGGGUGAAUUUCAGGAUGUUUGCGAGGAGCGAGGAGGAUCGUCUAAGCGGGGCGAUACGGGGGAGGCCAUAACGGUGGUUGUGGACGCUUUCCGAGAAAAGAGGGGCCGGUAGUUAGAACUGAGGUGGACGCUGAGGUGGAGAGAGAGGGUGCUGUGGGAGCUGUAUGGACCAAGGAGAGCUAGUUAACUAGAAUGCGGAGCUCGUAAUUGAAUUGAGUUGACUCUCGUGCGGGGUUUGCAGACGGGUGCAGGCGAAAUCCAUGAUUGCCAUUCCACCGGAUCACGAGCGUCGAGAAUUGCUUCUUUGGAUGCUCGGUAGAAGAAUCGUCUCCUCA